AGCUGAUGAAACUGGGUGAAGAGAAUAAGAGGAGAAGAGAAAGAGGGACACACCAGUUGCUGUUAUUCCAGGCCUACGUACAAUAUUUAGACAAACCGAGGCUUCUUCCUUAGCUUGGAGACUUCAUACCCAGGGUCAUGCCUGUGAACCUAUCCACUCUGACUGUUUGCCUGCUAGGCACAGCCAUUCUCUGUGCAGACAUUUAUCCUGCAUCUUCAAACAAUACAUCUACCCCAACAGCACCAUCUGUAAGCCCAGAGGAUACUCCUGCCACCGUCGCAGCUUCCACCACUGGUACUAACACCUCUGCUCCAGGGACUGACCCCACAUCUAACCCCACAGAGGCCAAGAGCACCAUGGUCUCCACAUCCGACCAGGCAAAUGAAGAAGCCACAGAGACAAUAUUGUCAACUGGCGAGAUAGCCGGCAUUGCUGUCGGAAGCAUUGCUGGAGUGGCGGCUAUUGGUGGAGGGAUCUUUGCUGGUCUGAAGUUUAGUGGUAAGCUGGCAGGUUAGUGUUGCUAGACUGGACUGGACAGUGCUGGGUAAAGAUAAGCUGAGUGGGUUGGUAAGGGGAGAUUCGAUUGGCCUGAGACCAGUCCAAGACUCUACAUACUGCACAACCACUGUGGGAAAAAACAGAGCCCUCUCACCUUCCUCUAUCUGAAACCACUGCCAACCAACACAUUGAGACCUUAAUUUACAACUAUACAGGAAUACAGAUUGCAUUACUAUGAGCCACAAUCUGGAAUUGUAUACUGUGGUCAGUCGAGAUAAUAUACUACUUCUACUGCUAUAUAAGCAUAUGCAUACUGUAUAUCACAUGUUAUCCAUGGCCACAAUGUAGCAUUCAGCUGUUGAUGCAUAUGCUUUUCCUAUCUAGUGAGAGCAUACAGUAUAUGGGGAAAAAGGAGAACAGUGACUGAAAAAGACAAAUGAUAAUACGAAAUAACAUGAUAGCUACAGUAUAUAUUUAAUAUAUGGUAGCAAAUAUAUUUUAAUAUUAUGGUUCACCGCACAUCUUGUGGUGACAGCUUAACCGUGCUUUGAACCUUCUGCUAAGUGUAUUUUUAAACAUUUUAAGAUGAUCAAUGAUUUUUGUUGAUUGAUUUAAUUAUUUUAUUUUUUGUCAUUAAACAUUUUAAGAUGAGAAUGAAUGAUCACAUGGGAUUUUGAAUGUUAUUUCCUCAAAAAUUAUUAUGCACACACUUUAUUUCACAACAAAAUACCAUGAUAAUUAUGGUAUUAUGGUCACAAUGUAAACACCUCAUUUUGUAAUAAAGACCAAGAGUAGUUGUG